UUAAUAUAUAUUCAACGGUUGUUAAAUGAUGUUAUGGUUGUCAUGUAAACUUAACCGGCAUAAUUGUUAAUUUUUUGCGUGUUUAUUUAUUUUUCCAGUGAUUAGUUUAAUGUUGAAUUGUGUUCUCUAUUUAUAAUGUUACAGCAAUCAAAAAUAGACUUCUUUUUCCCAACAGUAAAAGGAAGUAAUAGUGGUGAUUCGAAGGCAAAAUCUAAAAAAACUGUUACAAAACAAAAAAAUGCCAAGUCUUCGAAUAAAUCAAUGAAAACACCAAAAAAAAUGCUUCCAACUCCAGAAUUAAAACGUAAAACUCCAUUAUCAGAAGAAAAUGCACGAAAAAUGCAAAAAGUUGAUUCACCAACAAAAUUGGUGAAAAUUUAUCCAUCACCAAGAAAAUUAUCACAACAUAAUGAAAAUUCACCACAAAAAUCAAAUUCCUUGACACAUUCGGAAAGUGUUGAAAAUCUUGGACUAGGUUCAUUUACACCAAAAAAAUCUCCUCGUUCAAUGUCUAAUUUUAAAAAUAAUGGUAAAUUAAGUCCACGAAAACUUUUUUGUGAUACAGAAAUUUCAGAAGUAACGCGCAAUACAAUUGAGAAUUUAAAUAUGCUCAAACAGGGAGCAAUUGGACCAAAUAAUUUUGACUUGGAAGCGAUUUACACUUCUAAGAAUUAUAAUGUUCAAUAUAAUUCUUUGAAAACUGAUAUUGUUGAUGCAUUUGAAUUGAAAGAUGUAAUAUUCCCUAAAGAAACACACGCCAAUCAUCUUUUUUCGAUUCUCACUGAUGUUUUUUCAAAUGUAAUAAAUUGUGGAUAUUUUGACGAAAAAGAAAUUGAUCUUGUAUUUGCAUGUUUGAGUAUGUCGGCGAAAGCGCAAAUGUUAUUAGCUCGAUUGCUCAAGAGAAAAAGAACAUGGUAUCGAAUCAAUAGUAUUCAAUAUUUGGAAAUUGACAAAGAUCUCAAUCCUUAUAUGAAUGAAUUGGUGGAUAAAGGAUUUUGUGAUUCAAAAACUGACGAUGAAGACGUUGAAAAUCUUUUAAAAAUGCUAAAAGUUGAUGAAAUUCGAGCACUAUGUUUAAAAUUAAAAGUAGAACAUCGUGGAUCGAAAACAAUUAUGAUGGAAAAAUUGCUUCUUUUAAAAAAUAAACGAAAAUCAUGGUUCGUUGGGGCAAAAUGUCCAAGUUUAAUGUUAAGAUCCUUAAUAAAUCAAGCCAUUGGAUCAUGCAUCAAACUAUCAAAUGAGGCAAUUAGUAUUUUUGACAGAAUAUUAGUUCUUCUAUAUCCAUGCCAAGAUCCAGCUGAAAGUGUUUCAGAUUUAUUUUUUUUGCUGACGAGGAUUAAAAACGGUGAAAUUAUGUUUCCAACAACGCCGAAGGAACGUUUUCCUAUUUUUAAAAAUCGAAAUCAACUUCUAAGGUAUGUUGAUGCACGAAAUGCAUUAAAAGGAUUAAUAGAAUCCACGGAAAAUAAAGAAUGGGAAUUAGUUAGGGAAAUUGGACACACGGCUUAUAAUCGUUUAUUUCCUCAUAUUGAGGAAGAAGAAGAGAAGAGUUCUCUUCCAUCCCAUAUACAAAAAUUCUCUUCAUUUAGUAUUUGGAUAAAAGUUUUAUCAAAGAGUAUUGACGCAUUCAAGAAAACUCCAGAGACAAUAGAAAUAGCAGUAAAAUAUUUAAAGGCAUUAAUAGAUCAAAAUAAAUUUGGAAAAUCUUAUCUUGGACGUUGGUACAAGGAACUUACAUUAAUUGAAAUGCAUCAUAGAAAAGAUUUGCAAACAUGUGCCACAUUAACUUUACAUGCACUUUCUUUGGAGAAUUUAACAGAAGUCGAUAUAAAGGAAUUACUUGAAAGGGCAAAAAAAUUAUCAAGAAGAAAAAAUGGAAUCACAAAAGAUUCGAAGGAUUUAAUUAGAAAUAUUUUGGAUUCAGUUGAACAAAGACUGCCAGGUGAAUUUGACGUUGUUAAUGAAAUUGAAGCUCACAUGGUCCAGGGAAAUGCGACAGGCUCAAAAAGUACUUGGAAAGUGGAAAUAGGAGAAGAUAAAGGAUUCACAAAAGUUGAAAAUAUAGCUCUAAGGCAUUAUUAUGAAAAUGGAUAUCCACGUGGAUUUCAUUGUGAAGGUUCUUUACCUUUAAGUUUGUUUACAAUUUUAUUUUGGAAUGAAUUGUAUACAAUUUCAGUGCCUGGUGCUUUUGUUUGCUCCUAUCAAGAAACGCCAUUGGAUUUAUUUACUUCGAAAUUUUUUGACAACAGAAAAGAAGAAAUCGAAAGUAAAAUUCGAUUUAUUCGAGGGCUUGAUAAUGAAACAUUUGGUGAAUUAUUCAGCGAUGAAUAUAUUAAAUAUCAAAAUUUUAAAACUAUGAUUUCAAACAAUCUUUUUGAAACUGAGCAACAUGUUAAGGAAAUUGCGUUAAGUCUUGGAACAACAGGAGUUGCUGGAAUUUGCGAAAGAUUGGCGGGUAAUUUUCUUCUUUGGAGAUCAGGAUUCCCAGAUUUGUUCGUGUGGAAUCCAUUGUCUAAUGAGUGCAAAAUUGUAGAAGUUAAGGGACCUGGAGAUUCCCUCAGUUGUAAGCAGAAGUUAUGGUUGCAAUAUUUGCAGCAAAUAGGACUCAGAGCAGAAGUCUGUAUUGUAAAAGAUAAGAAGAAAAGUGGAAGCACAUAUUAAACCUUUAACUAACUUACAAGAAAGAAAUAUUUUUCAUUGAUUUUUUUAAUUUGAAUGUAUUUUUAUAUAAAUUUAAUUUAAAAUUAAUAUUAUUAUUAUUAUUAUUAUUAUUAUUACAGUAUUGUGUUUAAAAAUAAACUCUCUAGUUAUUUUUUGAAAA